AUGUCAUCGCAAUCUUUCAUGGAGAAGUCAGACUUGACUGCGAAAUUACUGCGUGCACACCACAUCACCACAAAUUAUUUAAAUUACCAUCUCUGCCACGCCACAAAAAACAAGCGUGCAUCUUCUCUUUUAACCAUGUCUCAGCCCGCAGGAAGAACCAUCUUGGCGUCUACAGUGGCCAAACCUUUUGUGGAGGAAAUCACCGCCGAAGUGGCCCAAUUGGGCUUCCGCCCCAAACUCGUGGGCUUUUUGGCCAACGACGACCCGGCGGCGCAGAUGUACGCCAACUGGACAGGCAAGACGUGCGAGCUGCUCGGGUUCACGUACGAGCUCGUGUCGGUCGACAAAAACGAGUUGGAGAGCGCGUUGAUCAGCGCCAACAACAACGACGACGUCAACGGGAUCAUGGUGUACUUCCCCGUGUUUGGCGACAACCAGGACCAGUACCUCCAGCAGCUUAUUCUGCCGGAGAAGGACGUGGAGGGCUUGAACUUCCGCUACUACCACAACUUGUACCACAACGUGCGGUUUUUGGAUCCGCCCACCAACGAGCAAAAAUCCAUCUUGCCAUGCACGCCGUUGGCCAUGGUCAAGAUCUUGGAGUACUUGGGCGUGUACAACAAGCACCUCCACUACGGCAACCGGCUUUACGGCAAGAAAAUCUUGGUGGUGAACCGGUCGGAAAUCGUCGGCAGACCGUUGGCGGCGUUGCUUGCCAACGACGGCGCCACCGUCUACUCCGCCGACGUCAACAACAUGCAGCAGUACACACGUGGCGACGACUUGCUGAUGCAGCGGCACAAGGUGGUGGAGUUGGACGAGUCGUAUACUGUGGAAAAAGUGGCACCCACGUGCGACGUGAUUAUCACUGGAGUGCCGCUGGAAAAGUACAAGUUCCCUACUGAGUGUGUGGCCAACGGCGCCGUGGUGAUCAACUUUGCCAGUGCCAAGAACUUCAGCGACGACAUCAAGCAGAAGGCGGGGUUGUACGUGCCGCUGAUUGGGAAAGUCACCAUUGCCAUGUUGUUGCGCAACUUGCUCCGGUUGAUUGCCAACAAGAAGAUCCGCGAGCAGAAGUAG